GCCCAGCAUGGAGAAGGAUGGCCCGCAGCCCAGCGAAGCGGCGGCGGCCGAGGGGCAGCGGCCGCCGGAGCCCAGCCCCGGGGGCGGCAGCCCGGGAGACGCGGACACCGGUCGCCGGCGAGCUCUGCUGCUCCCCGCGGUGCUCCAGGCGCCGGGCCACCACCAGCACCCUCACCGCGUCACCAACUUCUUCAUCGACAAUAUCCUGCGGCCCGAGUUCGGCCGGCGAAAGGACGCGGGGACGUGCUGCCCGGGCGCUCGGGGCGCCGGCGAAGGCGGCGAGGCGGCGGGCAGCGCGGAGCAGCUCCAGGGCUCGGGCCGGGAACAGCGCUCGAAUGUGCCCAGCACGCCGGGACCCGGCGGGCCGCUCGCGGCCGGCACCGGCGACUCUCCGGGCGGCGGGGAAGGCGUCUCCAAGGCGCUGUCGCUGCCGGGCGGCGCCAAGAAGGCCGGCGACCCCGCAGGAGCGCUGGACGGGGCGCUCAAGGCGCGCGGCGCGGGCGCCGGAGAUUUGUCCGUGAGCUCCGACUCCGACAGCUCCCAGGCCGGCGCCACCUUGGGCGCGCAGCCGAUGCUCUGGCCCGCCUGGGUCUACUGCACGCGCUACUCCGACCGGCCGUCUUCGGGCCCCAGAUCCCGUAAACCAAAGAAGAAGAACCCCAACAAAGAAGACAAGAGGCCACGCACAGCCUUCACUGCGGAGCAGCUACAGCGGCUCAAGGCCGAGUUCCAGACCAACAGGUACCUGACUGAGCAGCGGCGCCAAAGCCUGGCCCAGGAGCUCAGCCUCAAUGAGUCCCAGAUCAAGAUCUGGUUCCAGAACAAGCGCGCCAAGAUCAAGAAGGCUGCAGGCAGCAAGAACACACUGGCGGUGCACCUCAUGGCACAGGGCCUGUACAACCACUCUACGGCCUCCCGGGAGAGCAAGUCCGACAGCGAGUAGGGGCCCAUGCUUUAGGGCUGGGGCUGGCUUCAGGGCUCUGCUGUUGAUGGGUCCUUAUUUCCUUCUUUCCCUUCCUUUCAUCUUUCAUCUUUUAUUUUUGUGUGGAGGGGCUGCUUGAGAUUUUCUUUUUUGAAAUC